AAAUCUUGACUCUUGUCACUGCAGUCUAGAUCUUGAAAUUCGGUAACCUGUCUUAGUGAUUACUACUGGAGGGGUGCUAGAGCUGUAAUAGCACAAGAAUAGCGUUCAAUGGUCUAGCUGAUAAUGACUACUAGUUACUAGUGCUAGUAUCUGUAACUGUCUUAGAUUAGGUUCCUUUUAUGAAUGUCUAAAACAUGCGGGCGCAAUAAUCUUUAUGCACAUUCCUUCGCUGAUCGGCCCCCUUGAUCCCAAACAAUGAACACCACAACAGCGCUUAUUUCACUUGGUUUACCACAACACUACGGAUGGGUAGGCUUAGCGGCCAGCUCCACAUUCUUCCUCAAUGUCUUUCAGAUGUUGAACGUUGUUAAAGCCAGAAAGAGAGCCAACAUUCAAUACCCACAGUUGUACGCUGAUAAAGCGCAAAUUGACGCUAACAAAGAUGCCUACAUCUUCAACUGCGCCCAGAGAGCUCACAUGAACACAACAGAGAGUGCUUCAUACUUCCUCUUUACCCUCCUCUGGUCUGGUUUGAAAUACCCCCAAACAGCAGCUGCCUUGGGCUUCGCUUGGGUAAUUGGACGUGUAUUCUACACUCUCGGAUACUCAACUGGUCAGCCAGAGAAGAGAAGCUGGGGAUUCCUCAGCUCUGCCUCCUUCAUGUCCUUGGGUGGCUUGUCUGCCUGGUCAGCUAUUCAAAUCAUCCUUGAGCAAAAUUAAGAGUAUUGUAUUUACAUACCUGUAUCCAUGAAAUGAUAAAUUUAUUAAAAUAUUU